GAUACGGGAGGCGGCGGCGGCGAGCUGGUCUCGAAUGCUCCCGGGGGGGCACGGGUGGCCACGGGCCAUGGAGCUGCCCACGAGGCUGCCCACGGGGAUACCCGCCGAGAUCAUCACGGCUGCUGCGACCACCUGGGGCAACGGCACCGCCUGGGCCCCCCUGCCCGGCCAUGGAGUCAACGAGACGGGGUCAGAGCGGGCCAAGAACGCCACGUCCAUCCUCAUCGCCAUCGUCAUCACCGCGCUCUACUCCGUGGUGUGCGUGGUGGGACUGCUGGGCAACGUCCUGGUCAUGUACGGCAUCGUCAGGUACACCAAGAUGAAGACAGCCACCAACAUCUACAUCUUCAACCUGGCCCUGGCAGAUGCCCUGGCCACCAGCACACUGCCCUUCCAGAGCGCCAAGUACCUGAUGGAGACCUGGCCCUUCGGGCAGCUGCUCUGCAAGGUGGUGAUGUCCAUUGACUACUACAACAUGUUCACCAGCAUCCUCACCCUCACCAUGAUGAGCGUGGAUCGCUACGUCGCCGUCUGCCACCCCGUCAAGGCCCUGGACUUCCGCACACCAGCCAAGGCCAAGGUCAUCAAUGUCUGCAUCUGGGUGCUCUCCUCCCUCAUCGGGGUGCCCAUCAUGGUCAUGGCAGUCACCAAGUCAAAAGACGGGGCGGUGUUGUGCACGCUGCAGUUCCCCGAGCCCCCCCUCUACUGGGACACCGUCACCAAGAUCUGCGUCUUCAUCUUCGCUUUCAUGGUGCCUAUCCUGGUGAUCACCAUCUGCUACGGGCUGAUGAUCCUGCGCCUGCAGAGCGUGCGCCUGCUGUCGGGCUCCAGGGAGAAGGACCGGAGCCUGCGGCGCAUCACCCGCAUGGUGCUGGUGGUGGUGGCAGCCUUCAUCGUCUGCUGGGCGCCCAUCCACAUCUUCGUUAUCGUCUGGACGCUGGUGGACAUCGACAAGAAGAACCCCUACGUGCUGGCCAGCCUGCACUUCUGCAUCGCCCUGGGCUACACCAACAGCAGCCUCAACCCCGUGCUCUACGCCUUCCUGGACGAGAACUUCAAGCGGUGCUUCCGGGAGUUCUGCGUCCCCUGCGGUGCCCGCGGCAGAGCCGCCCCCGGCCCGCGCGGUGCCGCCCGCGCCCCGGCCCCGCCGCGCCGCCAGCCAGCAUGACUAGAGGUGAGCAGCCCCCAGCGGGGCUGCCGGGGCCGGGCAGGGGACAGCCUGCGCUCGGAAGUGACCCAGGUCACCAGCACAGAGCUCUAGCAGUGCCCUGGCCUGGCUCUGCAGAUGGCAGUGCCAGGCUUGUGUCAGCCUGGCAGCGAGGGACUUCCCAGACUCUUUUUGCCCUGGAGAAGUGGGGCUGGGGGAAUCAGGACCCACCAAGCGUUAUGGGGAGAGGACCAAGACAAGAGGCAGCCUGGGCAGAGCUGCUUUGCUGCUGCUCCCAUGUGGCUGGGCACUGCUGGCAGCCCCAAGAACCCAGCAAGGACCAUUGGCAAAGCCUAAGCCUACUGGCACACGGUGGCUGCAGUGACCACAAGCUUCUCCUCCAAGAUGGCCUCACAGCCCAUGGCAACAGUCUUGUGGAAUAAGGGGCCUGUGCCAGGGGGUGACACCACAAGAGGUUGCCUCACUUCACUCCCUCCUGAGCUGUGUCCAAAAACUGUCCAGAGAUGGGAAAGGCAAACGGUGCCACCUUCAGAGACACUGCCCAGGCUCCAGGUUCACAGCCAGGACGUUGUUGGAGGCCUUCAGACUGGGACUGCCCCCAGGGAACCACCUCCUGUCCAUGCCAGGAGCUAGAAACCUCUGGCUGCAGCCAGAGCAGCCCUGGCUGUGGGGAUGUGGUGGUCGUGAUGCUGGAGCGCAGCCAGGGCUGGGUGUGGGGAUGGAGCUGAACUCGCCCCAUGCCCACAUGCCAGUGCCACGCUGCCCUGGCCUGGCAUCUGCCAGAGUGAGGGGAGCAGCUCUUUGCCCUCCUGCCUCUGAGGUCAUUAUGCCUGAGGAGCCGUUAAGGGAGCAAAGAGGGAAGGCAGGUGCUGAGGGACCCACGGCCGGGGCAGAGAGAGGCUCCCAUGCCCAGCACCCGGGAUGGAGCCACCCCCCCCCGGAGAGGCACCUGAGGCCGAAGGCAGCAUCCUGCAGGAGCCAGCACAGGGACCUCUGCACCACCUUAAAUGCGGCUAAACAUGGAACCGUGGAACUGUUCUGCCUAGAAAACACCUUCCAGGCCAUGGAGUCCAAUCAUGCUCUAACUGCCCAGGCCUGGGCUACGCCAGGCCCUCAGCACCACAUCUCUGCUGCUUUGAAACCCCCCCAGGGGUGGGCAUUCGGCCACCUCCCUGGGCAGCCUGUGCCAGGCUUUGAGAACUCUUUCAGUGAAGAAGCUUCUUCUGAUGUCCAACCUCAACCUGGAGCAACUCGAGGCCAUUUCCUCUCCUCCUGCCACUUGUUCCUUGGGAGCAGAGCCCAACCCCCACCUGGCUGCAGCCUCCUCAGGGAGCUACAGAGAGGAAUGAGGUCUCCCUCAGGUUCCUCUUCUGCAGGCUGAACGCCCCCAGCUCCCUUAGCUGCUCCUCCCAGCCCUGCUCUCCAUCUGAAGGGUGACCAACGCCUUCUGGCCUCCCGCUCUGCAUUCCACACACAUCCCCAGCUCCGUGCUGGCUGUGAACAGCAUCCAGGAGCUGCAACUUUUCCUUCCUCACCUUCCCUCCACCGGGGCUGCAGCCAGGAGGUCCAACAGCCGGAUCAGGGAGCAGAAGCAGACGGGGAGGGAGCAGUAACAACAUUUAGUGGACAAAUGACUGCAGCUGGAGGAAGCAGGCAGCAGCUGGGUCCACCUGGGGCUCGGGGUGUGGGGGCUGGCUGCAGUCUGGGCUGACUCUGGUUUUCCAGUUGCAUCAAUUUAGCCUAAUCAGGGCCAUUACUUCUCUCCAGCCUCCACCUCCUCCACAGACUGUGGAAGUUGCAGCCUCUCUGUGAGGAGGGCAGAACCCCGGAGGCAGCUGGAGGCAUUUGCUCUGCCAGAGGAAGCCAAGGGGGCAGAGGCCCCGUCCCGGGUCUCCAGGCAGUUGCUGCUGGGCCACGCCGGCGAUGCUCCUCCUCUGCCUGCUCCCUGUCAAUCCCCACCUUGAGCAAAAGCCUCCUGCUAAGCGUUGCAUCAUCUCCAGCUCCUGCCCAAGUGCCCAAGGAUCCUGAGGAGCCUCUUGCAGGCACGGAGGGAGUCCUGGAGCUCCAGCAGAGCCAUGCUUGGUCCUCUCAUCACCUGCCCCUACAAGCCUGGCUGAUCAUGGAGCAUCUGCUGUGGGACAAGCAGCAGGAUCAGCUCCAGGGCAGGGUCUGAGAGCUUGAGAAGGAAGAGCAAGAAAGGAGCUGGAGACUACCCUCAGAGACCACCAUCUGCACCCAACCUCAGGAAACCCUCAGAAGCUUGUGGUAGGAGAGCCUCUUUGUUUGGAGCUGGUUCAUGGCAACCAAGGGAUGUCCCAGCAAAGCUGUCCCUGCAGGGGUGGGAUGUCCCAUGCUGUGGACCAGGAUGUCUUGAGCUUUAUUCCAGCUGAGCUGCAGCCCAGGACACAACAAGGUUGUGUCAGGACUUGCUGAGCAAAACCCCAAUGACAAUGCUGGGGUGCAGGGGACAUGAGUGGCAAAGGCCACACUGCAGCCCUUGUGGUGACACAGACACCCAAGGGCUGAUACAGCUUCUUCCCACCCAAAACCAGUCCCUUGUUUGGGCUGGAAAACCCACGGGUCAAAUCCUGGCCCAGGGAAUCACAGAAUAGUGGAGCUGGAAGGGAUCUCUGGAGAUCAGCCAGUCCAGCCCCCUCUGCCAAAGCAGGGCACCCAGGGCAGCUCACACAGGAUCACAUCCAGCUGGGUCUUGAAAGUCUCCAGGGAAGGAGGCUCCACAACCAAUCUGUGCAGGCUGCUCCAGGGACACAGCAUGGGAGCUGCCCGUGAGGAGCUGUGGCAGGGCUGGGACAGCUGCAGGCCACCUCUGUGCUUCUGUAGAUAGCUCCAUGUGCACCCCUCUAGCUGUGGGGAGCCGUGUGACCAGCUCACCCCAUCCACUCCCAGCUGCUUGCUCUGUGAUGUAGCUCAGGCUCCUGCUGAGUCUGCUGGGCCCACGGCCCUGGCCAGGACCUCACCGAGUACUUCAGCCACCAGCUGCAGCUCUGGCCCUGGGGCUGUGCUGGUGCUGCUGUGGAGGGUCUUUGCUUCCUACUAUAAUAAACCACAGCAGAGGCACCAA